AGAAGAUUCUGCUUGUAACAAGGAGCAUCUUUUUUCCUCUCCCACAGACAAGAACUCUUCAACAUCCCACGUUUUUUUAGAGAAAGACUGACUUCACUGUGUGUACCACGACACACAUAGUCAUCCUAAUAUCCUAUAAAUAUCAUCCUAUUCUAUCCCAUCCUCCUGUGAUCUUAUCCCAUAACGGAUGUCAUUGUAUUUGUAGCUCAGAUAUACUAUGUUGUAUUAGAGAAGUAGGUAAGCAUAUUUAUUAGAGAACUACACUACCCCCAGUUCGACUUGAUUAUAGAGUUCUUGAGAAUCAGACUGAGACUCGAUUACGCGGUUAAGGAAGAAAGCAUUAGAAGCAAUUCUGUCUCUUUUUCGUCUUACAUCAUUCAUCUUCAGAUUGUUUAGACAAAUGUUUUCGAAAAGUUUUUGACACACUCGACUGUCGAAUUUGAUAGAGAACCAGAGUAGAAACUUCUGCUACGCUUACAAAUACCCACGCUCCCCUCGUUCUAGAGGUAUCAUUGAAGCGGAGGCUAUAAGAAUUUGUUCCUCGUCUUGUUACUUCCUUCGAUCAAUGAUCUAUGAUAGAAAUCGCUCAACAGAGAGGACACGGAGCAUCGCGAUGAUGACGCUGAGACAGAACAAGAAAACGAUGAUUGGGUUUGCGGCAUUGGUAGUGGGUCUCCUGGGACAUGUUGACUUUCAUGUGUACGCUCUUCAUGCAUUUCUGCAACAAGAGCGUCGUGUUCACGAAGGUGUAACUCACCACAGCCGCAGCGAUGAGGCCGCGAACGCGUGGUGUUGGAAAAACUUUGCAUUAUGAAGUGACGCCAAUUGACCUAUCAUCUUUCUAAGUACGCAUUACAGAGCUUCAUGAGUACCAAAUCAAUGUCAUAGAAGGACUGUCAUGCUAAAGAUGACGAUAUAGGUCAAACUAGUACGGAAGUCGCUAAUUCAAAACGUCGGGGGACCGCAAGCAAAUUAUAUCGAUGGCUAUUGCACAUACAGUGAGGGGAAAUGUCCGUGGCAAGCGCUUCCUUCAUUCGGCAAGGACAAAGAGGAGGCGAAGAUGGAGCUGUGCGGUGGACCAACAUCUUCCAACACCUGUGGAAGCUGCAUGGAGAUACGAGGGUGGACUGGUGAAAAUUGUUGCACAUUCGUUCGGAAAGACGAGCCAACACGUAUUAUUACUUCUGAUCAUUUAUUUCUCGUUUUUUCUCCGCUUUUGGAGCAACCACUAGUACUGGAGGAAUUAUAUUCGAGAAGGGCCUGAUUUGAUUCGGAUGAUAGACAGAUACACAUUUUUAGUAGGACAAAUACAAAGUAAAUGUAAAGAAGUAGAUCACAUCAUGAUGAACUGCAUACGCUGUUAGUAUGGUCUCAGUCUCACAGAUGCAACGUUAGCGUUACUAGUAAGACCACUAGGACCUAUGUAGAUGUACCUAAAAUGAAGUAAGUGCCACUAGGACUUAAAACGGACCUCGGUUACUAGUAAGACCACUAGGACCUAAAAUGAAGUAAGUGCCAAUUUACAACAGAUCGUGGCUCUGGCAAGAAAUUGACGUCAUGGGAGCAGGCGUUUAUCCGAGAUCACUACGCCAGAACAAUUUGCGAUGGCAAUCCGCAUCGUUUUCUCUACCCUGUCGGCCGCAAGAAGAAUUAAGGCGAGUUAUAACAUAUUUUCUAUUUCUGUUGCGCUCUAUAUAUUCUAUAUACGUGGCACCAGGGAGGUGGGAGACCGUAAGGUGGACCGAACGCCGUAGAGCUGUCCAAAUGAGUCCCACCGCAUGCUUCCCCCUAUUAUAAGGGUGAUUCUUGUCGCUCUCCCUGAUGCGUGACGCGUGACGCGUGACGCGUCACGCCUCCCACGUCACGCCUCCUACGUGAGGCGUGACAUGGGAGGCGUCACGCGUCGCCCCGAAGCCGCCCACGGAUCUAUCAAGGAUCCACGGAUCUAUCAAGGAUCCGCAGAGCGAUCGAAGGUCCACGGUUCUUUCAGCGGAUCACCCAAGGAUUCACGGAUCUUCCAAGGAUCCACGGAUCUUUCAAGGAAGGAUCCGCGGAUCUUUCAAGGAUCCACGGAUCUUUCAAGGAUCCCCGGAUCUUUCAAGGAUCCACGGAUCUUUCGAUCGAAGUUCCGAAGAGCUCUCAAGGAUCCGCGGAUCUAUCAAAGAUCCACGGAUCUAUCAAGGAUCCGCGGAGCUAUCAAGGAUCCGCGGAGUGUAUCAAAGAUCCGCGGAGCUAUCAAGGAUCCACCGAUCUAUCCAAGAUCCGCGGAUCUAUCAAGGAUCCACGGAUCUAUCAAAGAAAGACCCGCCGAGCGAUCGAAGAUCCGCGGAUCUAUCAAGGAUCCACAGAUCUAGCAAGGAUCCACAGAUCUAGCAAGGAUCCACGGGCCUCAUGUAGGUUAGCGAUCACCUAGAUUCCUCAAAAUCAAGCCCCUCCUGCCCGUUGUUGCGUGCUGCGUGACGCUUGAAAUUGAGGGCAUACAUUUCAUCCCCCCCGAAGCUCUGGGCGUGACGCGGUGGGCGUCACGCGUCACGAAACAGCUCUACGGCGUUCAGUAAGUCCCACGGUGGGAGACCCCACUGUGGAUGGAGCGGCGGGCGUCCGCGCGCCCUUUUUUCUGCGGUGGUGACAUGUAAGGACUCCCGAAGGCGAGGGCCUCAAUAGGCGGAGCCGGAGGCCCUUGGCGGCUCUCCGCGUGUAUCCCACCGGCGUCCCGACUCUUGGGCCCUAUCACGGGGACGGCCUCCGGGGGAAGAAGGCUGCCGAAGGCGGCCACGGUCGCGAGGCCUGGCCCCUUUACCGCUCAUCCUCCCAAUUGGUGGCAGCGUCAGCCGCCACCAAACGCCAGGGGGGCUGAGGACCAAAGCCGAGGAGGAGUGGGGGCAAGGCGUGCCCGCUUGGGUUCUGUCGGAUACAUGCAGCGCGGCGAAAGGGGUCAAGCCUUGCCACCUGCUGCCCUAGGAGGCCUUCCACCUCCCAAGAAACUCACCCAGUGAGGAACCCGCACGCGGGAGGUCUGUAGGGUACACGCGACACGGCAUGGGAGUUCUGUAGGGUAAAUGCAACACGGCAAGGGGGUCAAGCCGUGCCACCUUUGCCGCCUUCGGAAGCCUUCCAUCCACCCCCGGCCGUCGGUGCUUGAACGGCCUGGGGGGCUUGGGUUCUGUAGGGUGCAGGCAAGAAGCCGUGAGGCCGCGAAGGAGGGCGCUUGGAGGCCUUCCUGCCCGGCAGUCCCUCGAGGAAAAGGGCCCGGGGCUGGAGGCCCCCCCCAAGAAUUCAGAUCGGGGGGGCGUUCAGCCCUGAGCCAUGGAACAUAUACAACGAAAAAAGCAAAAGGUGGCUCGAACUUCAAUUACAAGAGAGACAGAGGCCUUGUGUGAGGCUUGUGGUCGGAGGUAGUCAUUACCGCUUGUUUGUUUCUGCAGAGGUUUUUGUCUGAUGGUGAUAAAUGUGCCGACAAGUAAAAACUCCCUUUAUUUUUACCUUGUCAUACAUAAAACUGAAACUAAAACAAGUUUGCUUGUUUGUUCUAAGAUCAAUAUUCAUCUUGAUAAGUAGAAUAUGUGGGUACGACUAGCACUAGCAGCUGCAAGUAUCGACUGCGACUUCAGUAUUGUUCGAGAUUAUCGCGAUCUAGUUGUAGACUUGUUGUUGAUUCUAAUGCGUGAACGAAAUGGCAACCGCCAUGCAUGUGCUUGAUCUUUAUAGCAAAGGAACUCCCGUUGAGAAGGACUGGAUGUCAAAGUUCAACGCCAUACUCCCCAAGAAUGAUGAGCAUCGCGAGGAAAUCCCUGGCCCCACUGCUGCAGCAAAACCACACCAGACGGAUUUUAUCGGCUUGAAGGAAUCAGACAAGCUUCUGAUAACGGACGUUUAUCUCAAAAGUCUCAGCCGUGAUGAGGAAGAGCGGAUCCGUGAAUACCCUCGGACCAUGGCAUGCAGCUGGAAACUCCCUGCGCGAGAUACGGAUGGUUCGGCACCGGGUGGAAAGCGAGUGGCAAGUGUUGACGGGGAUAUGGAUGAUUCGCCAGCGGCUGGAAAGGGAAUGGCACUCGUCGCGGAAGGGGCAGAAGUCCCACUCUCACGAGCUCCAGAUGCUACUACUGCGUUGCAGCGCGUGGAUGGCAUUUUUCAAGGUACUGUUACGAUGCUGACACAGGAUGAAAAGACAAUGCUUGACGACAUCAAAGGUGAUGAAAAUAAUUUUUCGGCGUUGCUGAACGAAGGUGGCCCGGCCGACGUUGCUGCUAUCACGGAGACCCUUUCUGCUUAUUCAGCGAGCAUGUACUCAGACCAGCACCAGCAGGCAAAGGAAGGUGGCGACGCCGAGACUGGGAAGAUUCGGGAUAUGCUCUCGGAUUUGAAGAAAAGGAAUAAUUGCGAGUCGGGGGAUGGUGGAGGGAGCGAUCAUCAACAAAGUGAUCUUGCGAAGCAAUCUGUAUGCCUCUGGGUGAAAGAUGAGAAGUCCUCAUCCUCGUGUCCGAUAAUCUCGCGUCUGGAGAACUUCCAUGAGAUUGUUUCCAGUUCCGCCGAUGGUCCGAAGGAACUUCCGAUAAUCUCUGUGAAGGAGCUCGCAACGGUGGAGGAGCUGCUUCGCGGAGUUUGGGCCGAGUUGCCAGCGGACGAACAAGUUGUCAAGAACUUCUUUCGCACCCGUGCUGGUCCCGGUGCUGUAGGUCAAGGGAAAGUGUGGAGACAGCUCUCAAGUACAUAUGACGAGAUGUCGUGUCGGGCUUUAUCUGAAGAUCCUGAAGGCCGUCCAGAGGACCCUGAAGAUGAAGUCGUUGCGAAGGCUCCCUCAUCUAAGCCUAAUAAAGUCCAGCUCGCGGAGGAGGACAGGAAAUUGUGCAAAAACUACCUGUUUGUCUUGGCCAAUUCCGGGUUGGGUCAGAAUGCUGGUGUUCUAAGAGAUUCUGUUGCCAAAUGGCAACAAGCCUUUAUGGGAAAGAAGCGUUUUUCACUAUUUCACUAUAUUUCACUCUUUUACUAUUUCACUAUUUCACUAUUUCACUAUAAUUUUAUUCUAUUCCCUGUUGACGUACUACGAUCGAUCCUAAUUAUUUUUGUCUAAGAUGUAUGAGGACGCGACUGCAAAUGAUGGAUCUAUGAGACCAAGCAAUGGACAGGUACAAGAUUUUCUGGACAUAGUGGUCCCGGAGAUUCUGGAAUAUGCGAACAGCAAGAAAAUGGCGAACAUGCGUCGUCUCGAGCGCCAAGUCCCUGAGUUAUGAGUCCUGACAAUCCAACUUUUCCACUUGCCGUCGCAAUACUUCCACCUAUCCAGCUUUUCCACCUAUCAUCGUCUUGUCUGAACGAAGCAUCACAUGAAUACCCAUUCAGCGGAUUUACCUAAGUAACAAGUAAGUACUUACAUACAUGUUACAACUAGAACUAAUUCGAGAUGCAACAUAGAUCUACAUCUAUGGAGUUAAGCGACAGAAUAUUGUAGAUGACGACGUCUAAUAUCAGAGUCAGACACACGCGGCGGAGGUCCAAAGGGGACAACAAAAGCGGGUAAUGCGAACAGAGUAAUUGCACUGCAGCAAGAGAGGGAUCAAAAAGCGCAGCGUGACGGCGUCCUCAGACUUCUGGGGCUCGGUCCGCCAGAGCCAGGCAGCGACUUAUACCGAUCCUGAACGUUUACGUUUGGCUCUGGGGAUACGACAUCACCAAGCGUGAGACUUAUGUAGGAGAUGAACAUUCACGUCUGAGGAUAUGGAUAUCACCAUAGGUGAUGUGCAAAGAAGGUGAACACAGGAGAAGCUCUUCUAAGUCGGGUGUAGGCUUAGCAGCAUAGUUGUUAGGAAGAUUUCAGGUGUCGUGCUAAUGACUAAUCCUCGAAAAUUUUCUUAAUUUUUUUAGGACUUGGUGGAAGGACGAAAACUAGGCGAUAUGUUAUUUGCCCACCUUAUUAGGUAUCAUUUGAUUUCGGAUUCUUCAAGCCCAAGCGUUUUUUUUUCUAUUUAAUUUUUUGAAGCAUACCCUUACAACCAAGUUGAGACAGAGAAAACAGUGAUUGAAAAUAGUUGACGCAAUACGAAUACUACGCACGCAGGAAUAGAUUUCGCUUAUUCUGAUUAUCAUGAUAGAGUUGCAGUUGUAGGCACGAUUCUUGAGGUGCAAGAAGCAUCAUACGCACCAGCACUCCACUUUGUAAUUUGUGUAUUAUAUUAAUGCCGAAGGCGACUGAGUAAUUUUUGUUUAGUGAAUUUUCCAACAGUGAGGCUCACGGCAAGAGGAAUGAAUAAACCGAGCCAAGCACGACAAGAACAGGCAAUAUUACACUUCUACGAGAUAAAAAA